AUGUCCGGCGAAUCUAAGUAUGGAAUCGAAACGGAUGCCAUGACCCUCCAGCGUUUCGUUCUCCAGGAACAACGGAAACAUCCAAACGCAUCUGGAGACCUAACAGCAUUAUUGUCAUCACUUCUGACAGCUGUAAAAGCGAUUUCAACGGCUGUCAGAAAGGCUGGACUGGCACAGCUUUACGGAUUAGCUGGAAACACCAAUGUUCAAGGCGAGGAUGUGAAGAAAUUGGAUGUUUUGAGUAAUGAGCUCAUGAUUAACAUGUUGAAGUCAUCGUAUUCGGUGUGCGCAAUGGUAUCGGAGGAAAAUGAUGAGGUAAAUAUAUGUAAUUUUGAAUGUUCAUAAUCUAAUUUGAGUUUGGAAACUUAUGCAAGAUCUUGUUUAGACGUUUUCAUUUUUUUGUGGUGAGGUCCAUCUAUGUUGAACAUGACUUCCAAAUGUUAUGAAAAUACUUUCAGAUUAUUAUGGUGGACGCUCAUCGUGAAGGAAAAUACAUUGUUACGUUUGAUCCACUCGACGGAUCAUCCAACAUUGAUUGUUUAGUAUCUAUUGGUACCAUUUUUGGAAUUUUCAAAAGACCUGACGACGAUGGGCCAUUCAACCUCACAGAUGUGCUCCAGAAGGGCGAAAACAUGGUCGCCGCUGGCUAUGCGCUCUAUGGAUCGGCUACGAUGGUUGUACUGAGCACUGGAGACGGAGUUAACGGCUUCACAUUAGACCCGGUAAGGAUAAUAUAAAAAUGAAUAGAUUUUUUGGGGUUUGUUUGUGAAAGGCGGAUAUGAAUGAAGUUUAUAUUGAGUAUUGUUUUGUUUCAGAGUGUGGGAGAGUUCGUCCUCACCAAUCCGGACAUGAAAUGCCCGAAGAAAGGAAAGAUUUACUCGGUAAAUGAAGGAUACGCAAAGAAAUGGUCCUCAGGCGUUUCGGAAUAUGUUAAGACCCGUAAAUUCCCAGAAGAUGGGAAGUCAGCCAUGGGACAACGAUACGUAGGGUCCAUGGUUGCCGAUGUCCAUCGGACUUUGCUCUACGGAGGCAUCUUUAUGUACCCUGCCACUAGUGAUGCUCCAAGUGGAAAAGUAAGUGAUAUCUUGGUAAAUAUGCGGGAUGUAAAAGAAGCGAUUAGAGAUUUUGAAAGAUUUAUUUUCUGAGGGUCCAAUUUGGAAACUGGAUUUGUCUGGGAUUGAAAUUUGGCUGAGCUUUGAGCUUCCUUUCGAUAUAAAUUUUUGGUUCGUUGGGACCAAAAUAGGGGUAAAAAUUAAAAUGCUUAGAAGUGAUUCUUCAAGAAAGUGUAGGGCCUACUGAGUAUUUUAAGGUAUGAAAUUGGGUACAUAAAUUAUUUUUUAUUCCCGUUUUAGCUCCGUCUUCUCUACGAAUGCAACCCAAUGGCCUAUAUUCUGGAACAUGCUGGAGGCCUUGCUGUGAAAGAUUCCAAAACUAGAAUCUUGGAUAUCCAACCCAAGAAGAUUCAUGAACGAUCGCCCAUCUUCCUCGGCUCCAAGGAAGACGUCGAAGAGUUGGUUGAAUACCUGAAGAAAAACGAACUCUAA